CUUGGACAACCUUGAGUUCCUGCGAUUGCGAUUAAACAAGCCAGAAAAUGUCAUUCUUUCUGUCAUUCUCUCGAUUGUCCUAAUUGUCUCUGGUUUGAUAGGACAAGUGACUGCCCAUAUGUCUGACACGGCUUCGGAUGCCAGCUCCCCAGGCAUCAUUCACGAAUUCCCACGCGAGGAGAUUCAUCGGCGCAGUGCUAAUAAUCGCCAGAACGGGUCACCUCCGCAAACCACGCAAGCAUAUACAUCGACUUUAUAUGUCCAUCCAUAUUACCUACCAGGCGGUAAGCGGUCGCUGUCAGGGAUCUCUAUUCGGGCCUUCGGUCUAGGAAUUGCGCUGGGGCUCUCAAUUCUACUCACCUUGGAAUUGGCCAUUCAUGAACAUGGCCUUUGGAGAGCCCCAUGUUUUAUCGGCAUUCUGGCAAUUUUCCACUACAUGGAAUUCGACUCCACUGCCCGUUACAAUCCUCCAGAGGCACGCAUUUCAUCAUUUCUCCUGCUAUCAAACGGCUACGCCUACACCACCGCUCAUACCACUGCAAUGGCUGAACUGCUAUUGAGAUACUCACUGGGCUCGGCUUGGACGCCAAAGUGGCUUCAAUUCAGGCUCUUGAACGUCCCGACCGUAGUCCCUGUGAGCAUUGGAUUCGUACUUGUCCUUGGUGGGCAGCUGGUGCGAAGUGCUGCCAUGAGACAAGCCAAGACCAACUUCAACCACGUCGUGCAAUGGAACAAACGACCAGACCAUGUCUUGGUCAAAGAUGGCGUCUAUUCCUUCUUGCGACAUCCGAGUUACUUUGGAUUCUUCUGGUGGGGCAUUGGCACACAGGCUAUCCUGGGCAAUCGGAUCUGCUUGGUCUUGUAUGCGGUCAUACUCUGGAAGUUCUUCAAGCGGAGAAUCACUUAUGAAGAACGACAUCUGGUGUCCUUUUUCGGCAGAGAAUAUGUUGACUAUCGCGACAAGACUCCUGUGCGAAUACCGUUUAUUCCUUGAUGUUUGCCACGGCUCUUCUGGCAUGAUAUCUGCGGGAAAAUCGUCUUCUCCAAUGCGUGACUGGCGUGCCUCUUAUUUUCUCUUAAUUGGCUGCUUGCGAUCCAUCGAACGCUGGACGUCUUCGAGCUGGACUGCGACAUAUGAGGGAGUCGAGUUCAAGUCAAGCCAAGGCAGAUCUAUCACCUGGAUAUUUUCCAUUACACGCCGCAAUAAGGCCUCAGCGCCAGGAGCACCAGCCUCGAGGCCAAGCAUCCCCAAACGUGGCAAGCCUACGGCUUGCGCCAUCUCGGCCUCAGCUUGAGGCGAUAUCUCGAUCAACCUGGCGCGAGUUUCUCGAGGAGCAGCUGUGGCGAUCAAUACAGGCAGCGAUGAAGUCAUGAUCUCUGGUAGACAGCCACGACAAACAAAGACCGCGGCAAUCUGACCUGCAGAUCUUGCGGCAUCGCCAUUUGUGGGGCUCCUACAUAGUCCAGGUGGCCUACGAGCCGCAGAAAAACUCUGAAGCUUUUGAGUGGUACUAUUGAAACCAAUGGUUAGGUAGUCUUGGAUGUUGGCUGACACCGCAGAAGAACGUCUAGGGCUUUCGGCCAGUGCUUGGGAAUCUGCACUCCUUGUCUUUCUCUUUUGCUCCUUAAUCUCGACGUGGCGACGUCGAUGAUCACCAACAGUUCGCAAUAUUGGGAGGAGCAGAGCAAGAAUGGCAGCUUCCUCGUCUGGGUCGAUAACAGGCCUAAAUUUAGUCAGUCUCAAGUCUCCCAAUCCGUGCAGAGUCUAAGGAUUCAAGCCCACCAUGUUGGUUGGUCAGAAGGUAGCGAAAGAGCGUACGCCUGUUUCUGCUUGCUCAUGGCGUGUCUAUGGUUGAUGGAAUGGGGAGCCAAGGUGGCCAGGAAGUUUCCAGUGUUGAAUGACGUUGGCUUGGCGGGGCAUCUGCUCGAACCCCAAACUUUCGAGAUCAAGUUUUGGUCUCGCUGGCGGUGAAUGCCUACGGUGCAAGCUACUUAGCCAUGGUUGCCACUUUGUCUUGAUGCCUACUUGGAAGAGCGUAACGCAGAGUGGUCAGUGAUUAUGGGCAAGCCAAGGCAUAAUACAGCCGUUAACGCGUCCAGCGCGUGACGACGGAGG